GCUCCAACUGCAACUCAUGCCAUUUAUGGCCCUCAACUCCGUCGACCCUUCUACUCCUCCGCAAAUGCGAGACUCAGAACGACGUGAAUCAAAUCCACGCCAGAAUCAUCAAAACCGGUCAGUUCAAAGAUUCUUCCCUCGUAACCAAAAUUAUUCUCAAUUCAAUUUCUUCCCCCCACAGACCGCUUGUUGAAUUCGCUCGCUACGUCUUCUUCACUCGCUAUGCUGUUCAAAGAAUUCGUCGGAAUCAUCUUGUUGACGAUCCCUUUCUAUGGAAUGCUGUAAUCAAAUCGUAUUCGCACGGGAAUUAUCCUAUUCGAGCUCUGGUAUUGUUCUGUAUGAUGCUUGAGAAUGGAUUUUGUGUUGAUAAGUUUUCGUUUUCUUUGAUUCUCAAAGCAUGUGCUCGGGUGGGUUUGGUUGAGCAAGGGAAGCAGAUUCAUGGGUUUUUAAUGAAGUUAGAAAUUGGUUCGAAUUUGUUUCUUCUUAAUUGUUUGAUUACGUUGUAUAUACGAUGUGGGGAAAUUGAGGUUGCACGGCAGGUGUUCGACAGAAUGCCAAUGCAGGACUCUGUUUCUUAUAACUCGAUGAUUGAUGGUUAUGUGAAGUGUGGAUUGGUUGAUUUGGCCCGUGAAUUGUUUGAUUCUAUGCCGUUGAAGGAGAAGAAUUUGAUCUCUUGGAACUCAAUGAUUGGUGGGUUUGCACAAACGAAAGAUGGUGUUGAGUUAGCACUAGAACUGUUUGAGAAAAUGCCUGAGAGAGACUUGGUUUCUUGGAACACAAUUAUUGGUGGAUUUGCUAAAUGCGGGCGCAUGGAAUUUGCGCAUCAUUUGUUCGAUCGAAUGCCGAAAAGGGAUGUAAUUAGUUGGUCUAACAUGAUCGAUGGUUAUGCGAAGUUGGGUGACAUUGAGGUUGCAAGGAACCUGUUCGAUGAAAUGCCUGCGAAAGAUGUGGUUGCUUAUAAUGCCAUGAUGGCUGGCUAUGCUCAGAAUGGUUAUUACACAGAAGCAUUAGAAAUAUUUUAUACGAUGCAGCGACAAAGAAACUUAUCUCCCGAAGAAACGACGUUGGCGAUUGCGUUUUCAGCUGUUUCUCAGUUGGGACACGUCGAGAAGGCUGAGAGUAUGCAUAGCUAUUUAGUAGAAAAUGGUUUUUCAUUGAUGGGGAAGGUUGGUGUUGGUCUUAUUGACAUGUAUUCUAAAUGUGGUAGCAUCGAGAAUGCCAUGUCGAUAUUCAGAGGCAUCGAUGAGAAGGGUAUCGACCAUUGGAAUGCUAUGAUCAGUGGAAUGGCGAGAAACGGUUUGGGUGAGUUAGCCUUCAAGAUGCUGAUGGAGAUGCAGAGGCUUUCCGUGAUUCCAGAUGAUAUCACUUUCAUCGGCGUGUUGAAUGCUUGCGCGCAUGCCGGGCUGGUUAAAGAGGGGACGAUUUGUUUCGAGUUGAUGAGAAAAGUACACAAGUUAGAGCCAAAGCUACAACAUUAUGGAUGCAUGGUUGACAUCCUUGGCAAAGCAGGGCUUAUAGAAAGAGCAUUGAAAUUCAUAGAAGAGAUGCCCAUUGAGCCAAAUGAUAUCAUAUGGAGGACUUUGCUUAGUGCUUGUCAAAACCAUGAAUAUUUUACCAUUGGAGAACCCAUUGCCAAACAUCUUAUGAGGACGGAUUCUUGUAACUCGAGUUCAUACGUUCUUCUUUCGAAUAUUUACACACGUCUCGGCCUGUGGAGCGCUGCGAGCAAGGUACGAACAAUGAUGAAAAAGAGGAAGUUAACUAAAACUCCUGGCUGCAGUUGGAUUGAACUUAAGGGAGUAGUUCAUGAGUUCCUGGCUCAUGAUAAAUCUCAUCCCCUUGUUACUGAAAUAUACUUUGUUUUGGAUGGUUGUGAAACAUCAAAUUUGCAGGAUAUUGACGGUAAAACUGUAAAAAAAGGUUCUCGGACUGAAUAAUUCAUUUGAACUUACCAUUUUUGUUUU